CCACACUCAAAAUGGCGGCCGCGCGUCGCCUCACUUCCGCUUUUAACCGGAAGUUGCGGGUCUUACAAGUAUGGCGGCAUCGAAGGUGAAGCAGGACAUGCCCCCACCUGGGGGCUAUGGCCCCAUCGACUACAAGCGGAACCUACCCCGCCGGGGAUUGUCGGGGUACAGCAUGUUCGCUGUGGGCAUCGGGACCCUCAUCUUUGGCUACUGGAGAAUGAUGAAGUGGAACCGGGAGCGCAGGCGCCUGCAGAUCGAGGACUUGGAGGCCCGGAUUGCCCUCAUGCCGCUCUUCCUGGCGGAGAAGGACCGGAGGAUCCUGCAGAUGCUUCGGGAGAACCUGGAAGAGGAGGCCAUCAUCAUGAAAGACGUGCCUGACUGGAAGGUGGGAGAGUCUGUGUUCCACACCACGCGAUGGGUGCCGCCCCUCCUCGGCGAGUUGUACGGGCUGCGCACCAAGGAGGAGAUGUUGAAUGCCACCUUCGGCUUCACCUGGUACACUUAGGGUCCAAGCCAAUGCCCGUAAUAAAGAAUAGUCAAAUAAAUGC